GCUCAGUGUGGGCCGCGGCGCGCGAGGGGCGGCGACGGCCGCGGGUGCCCGAGCAUGGCGGCGGCCGCGGCGCUGGACAGCCCGUCGGGGGCCGCUUCCCCGGCCGUGGCCGAGCUCUGCCAGAACCCCCCGGAGACCUUCCUGGAGGCCUCCAAGUUGUUGCUCACCUACGCGGACAACAUCCUCAGAAACCCUAAUGAUGAAAAAUAUAGAUCCAUCCGGAUUGGAAAUGCAGCUUUCUCUACUAGACUCUUACCUGUCAGAGGAGCUGUUGAAUGUUUAUUUGAAAUGGGCUUUGAAGAGGGAGAAACACAUCUUAUCUUUCCUAAAAAAGCCUCAGUGGAGCAGUUGCAAAAAAUUCGUGACCUAAUCGCCACAGAGAGAAGUAGCAGAUUGGAUGGAUCAAAUAAGAGCUAUAAAGUAGAAUUAUCUCAGCAAUCAACAACUACUCCCCAGCUCCCUGUUCCACAGUCUUCAAAUCCUCCUGGGUUAACCCAGCAAGCAGGGGACCACGGAGGGCAGCCAUCAAAUCCACCGUCUGCUUCAAUGGUUACAGCUGGCCACCCCAUCCUUCUACAAGCUCUGCAGUCCAACAUUCAGCACGUACUGCUCUAUGAGAACCGUGCUCUCCAGGAGAAAGCACUGGCCUGUAUUCCAGUCCAGGAACUGAAAAAGAGAUCACAAGAAAAGUUCACGAGAGCUAGGAAGUUGGAUAAAGGUACUAAUAUGAGUGAUGAGGACUUCCUUUUGCUGGAACUUUUGCACUGGUUUAAGGAAGAGUUUUUUCACUGGGUGAAUGAAAUUUUGUGUACUAAGUGUGGUGGCCAGACUAAGUCUAGAGGUGCAUCAUUAUCCCCCAAUGAUGAUGAGCUGAAGUGGGGUGCAAACAGAGUAGAAGACCAUUACUGUGACACAUGCCACUUAAGCAACCGUUUCCCAAGGUAUAAUAACCCAGAGAAACUUCUGGAAACAAGAUGUGGGCGAUGUGGCGAGUGGGCCAAUUGUUUUACACUGUGCUGCCGGGCCUUAGGAUUUGAAGCUCGCUAUGUUUGGGAUUACACAGACCAUGUCUGGACAGAAGUAUACUCCCCCUCUCAGCAGCGGUGGCUGCACUGUGACUCGUGUGAGGAUGUCUGUGACAAACCACUCCUGUAUGAAAUAGGAUGGGGCAAGAAGCUUUCCUAUGUCAUCGCUUUUUCUAAAGAUGAGGUGGUUGAUGUCACUUGGCGAUAUUCUUGUAAACAUGAAGAAGUAAUCUCCCGAAGAACUGAAAUUAAAGAGGAUAUACUUCGAGAAACUAUUAAUGGACUUAAUCGUCAGAGACAAAUAUCUUUGUCAGAAAACAGAAGAAAAGAACUCCUUCAGAGGAUAAUUGUGGAGCUUGUUGAAUUUAUAUCUCCCAAGACCCCUAAACCUGGAGAACUUGGUGGAAGAAUAUCUGGGUCAGUGGCCUGGAGAGUAGCCCGAGGAGAAAUGGGUCUAGAGAGAAAAGAAACCCUGUUUAUCCCCUCUGAAAAUGAGAAGAUUUCUAAACAGCUCCACCUUUGUUACAAUAUUGUGAAAGAUCAUUAUGUUCGCAUUUCAAAUAAUAAUGAAACCAUUUCUGGAUGGGAGAAUGGUGUGUGGAAAAUGGAAUCCAUAUUCAGAAAAGUUGAAACAGACUGGAACAUGGUGUAUUUAGCCCGAAAGGAAGGAUCUUCUUAUGCGUAUAUUUCAUGGAAGUUUGAGUGUGGAGCAUUUGGCUUGAAAGUAGAUAGCAUUUCCAUUAAAACAAGUAGCCAAACCUUUCAGACUGGAAAAAUACAAUGGAAAAUGCGAUCUAAUUCAGCACAAGUAGAACUUACAGGAGAUAAAACUCUUCACACGUAUCAGGACUUUUCUGGUGCCACUGAAGUUAUUCUGGAAGCAGAAUUAAGCCAAGGAGAUGGUGGUGUUGCAUGGCAGCAUACCCAGCUGUUUAGACAAAGCUUAAAUGACCAGGAAGAGAAAUGUUUGGAGAUCAUUAUAAAAUUCAGUGACCUUUAAGGACCGGAACGUUAUCAAAAAGCUGGCAAUAAUCAAAGCCUUACUGCAUUCUAAAAUAGUUUGUUGGUUCGGUGCAUGCUUAAUUGGCAAUUACCCUCUGCCGCGUAUUUCUUUUGCUAGCUCCUCAUCAUGUAACGCUCAUGAAACUAUAUCUUUGUAUGAUGGACCAUAAUGAAACCGUGAAUUAAAAGCCCCGUUCCUUAUGUGACUAUCGAGUAAAAUCUUCCUGCACCAAAAUGAGAUUUUAAAUCUGAAAACCUGACAAGUAUAGUUUUGGAAGUAAAUGAAGGAAUUCUUGACUAUUCGUGAUUACAAGAAAGUUUUGAGCUAAUAAUAGUUGACUUCUUUUUGAUAAGCCAUUAAUUUCUUCAUGAGUAAAUUUUCUAAGCCUUUAAUUGUUAAUAAAUGGGAAAGUCCCUUUUAAGUUAUAUAAUGCACGGAAAUUUUUAUCUUUGUAAAUAAGCAUUUAAGAAAUAAAAUUAAUUAUUUUGCCUUA